AUGUCUGUCGUCGACGGGGUCCUGGUCCUCGUACCACCUCCACCUGGAUAUGUGGUCGACUUUGAUAACCCUCAGCGGAGAGCUGAUGUUCCGACCUACUGGCUGGCUGCCUUCGGGCUCAUCUUUGCAAUGCUGUUCACAGCCCAAAGGGUCUACGUGAAGUCAGUUGUUAUGAGGAAGUUCCAACUUGAUGAUUUAUUGCUCUUCUUUGCCUGGGUCACCUCGAUAGUGACACAAUUCUUAGUCUUGUACAUGUUCGCCUCGGGCAUAGGUGGAGUACACGCUUGGGAAAUAUCACUUGUGAAGUUCAACCGGUAUCUGCUCGUCGUAUAUAUCGCGUCAUGGAUCUACAUAUUGAGCGGGAGCUUUGCUAAAAUAGCACUUCUCGUCUUCUACCUGCGACUUUCACCUCAGCGGUGGUUCCGCUAUUCAGUCUUUGCGACGCUCGCUCUCAUCGUGGGCUACACCGUCGGCAUAUUCUUCAGUCUAAUAUUUGCGUGCGACCCGAUUGAGAGAAGCUUCGAUGUCACCAUCACGACCGGGUCGUGUAUAAACUCGGCAGCCCUCUACAUCGCAACUGCGUCCGCGAAUAUCAUCUCUGAUGUGAUACUGUUCAUCCUGCCGAUUCCGAUGGUUGUGAAGCUCCAGGUGCCCCUCAAGCAGAAGAUCGGUCUUUUCUUCAUCUUUGGUAUUGGUUCCAUAACGAUCGUCACUUCGGUCCUAAGAUCAGCUAUACUUCCAACACUUUUAACGUCAACUGACCCAACGUGGGACGUGGCGUAUGCGAGUCUGCUCAUAGUAAUCGAGGCGAACCUGAUCAUCGUGUGCGGCAUGCUCCCGACCCUCCGAAAAUUCAUCCUCUCGGUCGCGCCAAGACUCAUCGACGGAAGCACCUACGGCCGCAGCAAGAGCGGCAUGACCCCAAAGACGCUGGGCCGGUCGGGUCUCGUAACGUAUGGCUCGAGCCCAUCAAAAGGCCGGUCCCGCCACCGCGACGGCUACGCAAAAUUCGGCUACGGCAGCGACGACUACGCCAUGGAGAACAUGCGGGGGGCCGCGAAGGACGGCCUGAAGAAGAGCGAGGUGCGGGCGACGGUUGUCGCUGGGGAUCGUGCCGACGACUGGGACGACGGCGGGAGGCCGCUGGGCACGCCGGGUAGUAUGGAGAGUCAGCUGCCGGUCAUGGGCGGGACGGUCCAGGGGAUCCGGACUACCACUAAGAUUGAGGUGUCUUAUGAGACCGGAAGGGCCUUCUAA